AUGGGGUGUGUUUACCUACCUUACUCCGGAGCAGAUCUAUUUAUAGACACCGGGGUGCGACACAGCGAGUGGAGCCAAGACUUCAGUCUGGACAUGCCCGGGACUAACGGGGCGGUCUCAUUGCUCCCCACGGGUGACUACAUGCGAGGAAAAGUCCGGUACGACCUGACAGUCCAGAUAUCUAUGGUAAACUCAAUCAGCCGCAUGGUGACGGUUAAACCAAG